CUGGCAGUGGCCGCCUGAAGUGGGAGCAGCGCCUGCAGAAGGCGGGAGGAGCCGGGCCGGCGGACGCGCGGCGGGAGAGCGGGACCCCGGCGGGCGGUGUGCUGCAGGGCGCAGUGGCCGCUGACCGAGCCCCAGGCGCGGCAGGAGGUGGUGGGAGCCGGCGGCCGCGAGGCAUCAUGCGGCGAGGGGGGCUGCUGGAGAUCGCCCUGGGAUUUACCGUGCUCUUAGCGUCCUACACGAGCCAUGGGGCGGAUACCAAUUUGGAGGCUGGAAACGUGAAGGAAACCAGAGCCAGCCGGGCCAAGAGAAGAGGCGGUGGCGGAGGACACGACGCGCUAAAAGGGCCCAAUGUCUGUGGAUCACGUUAUAAUGCUUACUGUUGUCCUGGAUGGAAAACUUUACCUGGUGGAAACCAGUGCAUUGUCCUUUGUUCGAGGCCAAAUAUGUGCACUUGCCCAUCUGGUCAGAUAGCUCCUUCCUGUGGCUCCAGAUCCAUACAACAUUGCAGUAUCCGCUGUAUGAAUGGAGGUAGCUGCAGCGAUGACCACUGUCUCUGCCAGAAAGGCUACGUCGGGACUCACUGUGGCCAGCCUGUCUGUGAAAGUGGCUGUCUCAACGGAGGAAGGUGUGUGGCCCCAAAUCGAUGUGCAUGCACUUACGGCUUUACUGGACCCCAGUGCGAAAGAGAUUACAGGACAGGCCCCUGUUUUACUGUGGUCAGCAACCAGAUGUGCCAGGGCCAGCUCAGUGGGAUUGUCUGCACGAAAACGCUCUGCUGUGCCACAGUCGGGCGAGCCUGGGGCCACCCCUGCGAGAUGUGUCCUGCCCAGCCCCACCCCUGCCGCCGUGGCUUCAUUCCCAACAUUCGCACGGGCGCUUGUCAAGAUGUGGAUGAAUGCCAGGCCAUCCCUGGGCUCUGUCAAGGAGGAAAUUGCAUUAAUACUGUUGGGUCUUUUGAGUGCAAAUGCCCUGCUGGACACAAAUUUAAUGAAGUGUCACAAAAAUGUGAAGAUAUUGAUGAAUGCAGCACUAUUCCUGGUAUCUGUGAUGGGGGUGAAUGCACAAACACAGUCAGCAGCUACUUCUGCAAAUGUCCCCCGGGUUUUUACACCUCUCCUGAUGGUACCAGAUGUGUAGAUGUUCGUCCAGGAUACUGUUACACGGCGCUGGCGAACGGACGCUGUUCUAACCAGUUGCCACAGUCCAUAACCAAAAUGCAGUGCUGUUGUGACCUCGGCCGCUGCUGGUCUCCAGGGGUCACUGUCGCCCCUGAGAUGUGUCCCAUCAGAGCAACUGAGGAUUUCAACAAGCUCUGCUCUGUGCCUAUGGUGGUUCCUGGGAGACCAGAAUAUCCUCCCCCACCCCUGGGCCCCAUUCCUCCAGUCCACCCUGUUCCUCCUGGCUUUCCUCCUGGACCCCAAAUUCUGAUCCCUCGACCACCAGUGGAAUAUCCAUAUCCAUCUCGGGAACCAUCAAGGGUGCUACCAGUCAACGUGACAGAUUACUGCCAGUUAGUCCGCUAUCUCUGUCAAAACGGUCGCUGCAUCCCAACCCCUGGGAGCUACCGGUGCGAGUGCAAUAAGGGAUUCCAGCUGGACCUCCGUGGGGAGUGUAUCGAUGUCGAUGAAUGUGAGAAAAACCCUUGUGCUGGAGGAGAGUGUAUUAAUAACCAAGGUUCCUAUACCUGCCAGUGUCGAGCUGGCUACCAGAGCACACUCACCCGGACAGAGUGUCGAGACAUCGAUGAAUGUUUACAGAAUGGCCGGAUCUGCAAUAACGGGCGUUGUAUCAACACCGAUGGCAGCUUCCAUUGUGUGUGUAACGCUGGCUUCCACGUUACCCGCGAUGGGAAAAACUGUGAAGACAUGGAUGAGUGCAGCAUACGGAACAUGUGCCUUAAUGGGAUGUGCAUCAAUGAAGAUGGCAGUUUUAAGUGUAUUUGCAAGCCUGGAUUCCAGCUGGCAUCGGAUGGGCGUUACUGCAAAGAUAUCAACGAAUGUGAAACACCUGGAAUCUGCAUGAAUGGGCGUUGUGUAAACACCGACGGCUCCUACAGAUGUGAAUGCUUCCCUGGGCUGGCCGUGGGUCUGGAUGGACGUGUGUGUGUCGACACACACAUGCGGAGCACAUGCUAUGGUGGAUACAAGCGAGGCCAGUGUGUCAAACCCUUGUUUGGUGCUGUUACUAAAUCUGAAUGCUGUUGUGCCAACACUGAGUAUGCAUUUGGGGAACCUUGUCAGCCGUGUCCUGCACAGAAUUCAGCGGAAUAUCAGGCACUCUGCAGCAGUGGGCCAGGAAUGACGUCAGCAGGCAGCGAUAUUAAUGAAUGUGCACUAGAUCCUGAUAUUUGUCCAAAUGGAAUUUGUGAAAAUCUCCGUGGUACCUACAAAUGCGUAUGCAAUUCGGGUUAUGAAGUGGAUGCUACUGGGAAAAUCUGUGUUGAUAUUAAUGAAUGUGUACUGAAUAGUCUACUUUGUGACAAUGGACAAUGUCGAAACACUCCUGGAAGUUUUGUCUGUACCUGCCCCAAGGGAUUUAUAUACAAACCCGACCUAAAAACCUGUGAAGACAUCGAUGAAUGUGAAUCAAGUCCUUGCAUUAAUGGAGUCUGCAAGAACAGUCCAGGCUCUUUUAUUUGUGAAUGUUCUUCUGAAAGUACUUUGGAUCCAACAAAAACCAUCUGCAUAGAAACCAUCAAGGGUACUUGUUGGCAGACUGUUAUCGAUGGGCGGUGUGAGAUCAACAUCAACGGAGCCACCUUGAAGUCUCAGUGCUGCUCUUCCCUCGGUGCUGCCUGGGGGAGCCCAUGUACCCUCUGCCAAGUCGAUCCCAUAUGUGGUAAAGGGUAUUCAAGAAUUAAAGGAACACAAUGUGAAGAUAUAGAUGAAUGUGAAGUGUUCCCAGGAGUAUGCAAAAAUGGCCUGUGUGUUAAUACGAGGGGAUCAUUUAAGUGUCAGUGUCCCAAUGGAAUGACUUUGGAUGCCACAGGAAGGAUCUGCCUUGACAUCCGCCUGGAAACCUGCUUCCUGAGGUAUGAGGACGAGGAGUGCACCCUGCCUAUUGCUGGUCGCCACCGCAUGGACGCCUGCUGCUGCUCCGUCGGGGCUGCUUGGGGUACCGAGGAAUGUGAGGAGUGUCCUGUGAGAAAUACCCCUGAGUAUGAGGAGCUCUGUCCCAGAGGACCCGGAUUUGCCACAAAAGAAAUAACGAAUGGAAAACCUUUCUUCAAAGAUAUCAAUGAAUGCAAGAUGAUACCCAGCCUUUGCACCCACGGCAAGUGUAGAAACACCAUCGGCAGCUUUAAGUGCAGGUGCGACAGCGGCUUUGCUCUUGAUUCUGAAGAAAGGAACUGCACAGACAUCGAUGAGUGCCGCAUAUCUCCAGACCUCUGUGGCCGAGGCCAGUGUGUGAACACCCCAGGGGACUUUGAAUGCAAGUGUGAUGAAGGCUAUGAGAGUGGAUUCAUGAUGAUGAAGAACUGCAUGGAUAUUGAUGAGUGCCAGAGAAAUCCUCUGUUAUGCAGAGGGGGCAUUUGCCUGAAUACAGAGGGAAGUUACCGCUGUGAGUGCCCACCUGGUCAUCAGCUGUCUCCCAACAUCUCGGCUUGUACAGAUAUCAAUGAAUGCGAACUGAGUGCAAACCUCUGUCCCAAUGGGCGCUGUGUGAACCUCGUGGGGAGGUAUCAGUGUGCCUGCAACCCUGGUUACCACUCGACUCCCGAUAGGCUGUUUUGUGUUGACAUCGAUGAAUGCAGCAUAGCAAAUGGUGGUUGUGAAACUUUCUGCACAAACUCUGAAGGCAGCUAUGAAUGUAGCUGUCAACCGGGAUUUGCACUAAUGCCUGACCAGAGAUCAUGCACUGACAUUGAUGAGUGUGAAGAUAACCCUAAUAUCUGUGAUGGCGGUCAGUGUACAAACAUACCUGGAGAGUACAGGUGUUUAUGUUAUGAUGGAUUUAUGGCAUCUGAAGACAUGAAGACUUGUGUAGAUGUCAAUGAAUGUGACCUGAAUCCAAAUAUCUGCCUAAGUGGAACUUGUGAAAACACUAAAGGCUCAUUUAUCUGCCACUGUGAUAUGGGCUAUUCAGGCAAAAAAGGAAAAACUGGCUGCACAGACAUCAAUGAAUGUGAAAUUGGAGCCCACAACUGUGGCAGGCAUGCUGUGUGCACCAACACAGCCGGCAGCUUCAAAUGUAGCUGCAGUCCCGGGUGGAUCGGGGACGGCAUCAAGUGCACCGAUCUGGAUGAAUGCUCCAAUGGAACCCACAUGUGCAGCCAGCAUGCAGACUGCAAGAACACCAUGGGGUCUUACCGCUGUCUCUGUAAGGAAGGAUACACGGGCGACGGCUUCACUUGCACAGAUCUUGAUGAGUGCUCCGAGAAUCUGAAUCUCUGUGGCAAUGGCCAGUGCCUCAAUGCCCCGGGAGGAUACCGGUGUGAGUGCGACAUGGGCUUUGUGCCCAGUGCCGACGGGAAAGCCUGUGAAGAUAUCGAUGAGUGCUCCCUUCCGAACAUCUGUGUCUUUGGAACCUGCCACAAUCUCCCGGGGCUGUUCCGCUGCGAGUGUGAGAUAGGCUACGAACUGGACAGAAGCGGUGGGAACUGCACGGAUGUUAAUGAGUGUCUGGAUCCAACCACGUGCAUCAGUGGCAACUGCAUCAACACUCCAGGGAGCUACACGUGCGAUUGUCCCCCUGAUUUUGAGCUCAAUCCGACUCGAGUUGGCUGUGUUGAUACCCGCUCUGGAAAUUGCUAUUUGGAUGUCCGACCUCGAGGAGACAAUGGAGAUACAGCCUGUAGCAAUGAAAUUGGAGUUGGUGUUUCCAAGGCUUCCUGCUGUUGUUCUCUGGGUAAAGCCUGGGGUACUCCAUGUGAGCUGUGCCCUGCUGUGAACACGUCCGAGUACAAAAUUCUUUGUCCUGGAGGAGAAGGUUUCCGACCAAACCCAAUCACUGUUAUCUUGGAAGAUAUCGACGAGUGCCAGGAGCUCCCGGGGUUGUGCCAGGGAGGGAAAUGCAUCAACACCUUUGGGAGUUUCCAGUGCCGCUGUCCAACGGGUUACUACCUGAAUGAAGAUACGCGAGUGUGUGAUGAUGUGAAUGAAUGUGAGACUCCUGGCAUCUGCGGUCCGGGAACGUGCUACAACACCGUUGGCAACUACACCUGUAUAUGUCCCCCAGACUACAUGCAAGUCAAUGGGGGGAACAACUGCAUGGAUAUGAGAAGAAGUUUGUGCUACAGAAACUACUAUGCUGACAACCAGACCUGUGACGGAGAGCUGUUGUUCAACAUGACCAAGAAGAUGUGCUGUUGUUCCUACAACAUUGGCCGGGCCUGGAAUAAGCCCUGCGAGCAGUGCCCCAUCCCAAGCACGGAUGAAUUUGCUACGCUCUGUGGAAGUCAAAGACCAGGCUUCGUCAUUGAUAUUUAUACCGGUUUACCUGUUGAUAUUGAUGAAUGCCGGGAGAUCCCAGGGGUCUGUGAAAAUGGAGUGUGUAUCAACAUGGUUGGCAGCUUCCGAUGUGAAUGUCCAGUGGGAUUCUUCUAUAAUGACAAGUUGUUGGUUUGUGAAGAUAUCGACGAGUGUCAGAAUGGCCCGGUGUGCCAGCGCAAUGCCGAGUGCAUCAACACUGCGGGCAGCUACCGCUGUGACUGUAAGCCGGGCUACCGGUUCACCUCCACGGGGCAGUGCAACGAUCGCAACGAAUGUCAAGAAAUUCCCAAUAUUUGCAGCCACGGGCAGUGCAUUGACACAGUUGGAAGCUUUUAUUGCCUUUGCCACACUGGUUUUAAAACAAAUGCUGAUCAAACCAUGUGUUUGGACAUAAACGAAUGUGAAAGAGAUGCCUGUGGAAAUGGAACCUGCCGAAACACAAUUGGUUCCUUCAACUGCCGCUGCAACCAUGGUUUCAUCCUGUCUCACAACAACGACUGUAUCGAUGUUGAUGAAUGUGCAACUGGAAAUGGGAACCUUUGCAGAAAUGGCCAGUGCAUCAACACCGUAGGGUCCUUCCAGUGUCAGUGCAAUGAAGGCUACGAGGUGGCUCCAGACGGGAGGACCUGUGUGGAUAUCAAUGAAUGUCUCUUAGAACCCGGAAAAUGUGCACCAGGUACCUGUCAAAACUUGGAUGGGUCCUACAGAUGCAUUUGUCCACCUGGAUACAGUCUGCAAAAUGACAAGUGUGAAGAUAUUGAUGAGUGUGUUGAAGAGCCAGAAAUCUGUGCCCUGGGCACAUGCAGUAACACAGAAGGCAGCUUCAAAUGUCUAUGUCCAGAAGGAUUCUCUUUGUCCUCCACGGGAAGAAGGUGCCAAGAUCUGCGGAUGAGCUACUGUUAUGCGAAAUUCGAAGGAGGAAAGUGUUCAUCACCCAAAUCCAGAAAUCACUCCAAACAGGAAUGCUGCUGUGCCCUGAAGGGAGAGGGCUGGGGAGAUCCCUGUGAGCUCUGUCCUACUGAACCUGAUGAGGCUUUCCGCCAGAUCUGCCCCUAUGGAAGUGGGAUCAUCGUGGGACCCGAUGAUUCAGCAGUUGAUAUGGAUGAGUGCAAGGAACCUGAUGUCUGUAAACACGGACAGUGCAUCAAUACAGAUGGCUCCUAUCGCUGUGAAUGUCCCUUUGGUUAUAUUCUAGAAGGGAACGAGUGUGUGGAUACUGAUGAAUGUUCCGUGGGCAAUCCUUGUGGAAAUGGAACCUGCAAGAAUGUGAUUGGAGGUUUUGAGUGUACCUGUGAGGAAGGAUUUGAACCUGGACCAAUGAUGACAUGUGAAGAUAUAAACGAAUGUGCCCAGAAUCCUCUGCUCUGUGCCUUCCGGUGUGUGAACACUUAUGGGUCAUAUGAAUGCAAAUGUCCUGCGGGAUACGUUCUGAGAGAAGACAGGAGAAUGUGCAAAGAUGAAGAUGAGUGUCAAGAGGGAAAACACGACUGUACUGAGAAACAAAUGGAAUGUAAGAACCUCAUCGGCACAUACAUGUGCAUCUGUGGACCCGGGUAUCAACGGAGACCUGAUGGGGAAGGCUGUGUAGAUGAGAACGAGUGUCAGACCAGGCCGGGGAUCUGUGAGAAUGGGCGCUGCCUCAACACCCGCGGGAGCUACACCUGUGAGUGCAAUGACGGGUUCACGGCCAGCCCCACCCAGGACGAGUGCCUUGACAACAGGGAAGGGUACUGCUUCACAGAGGUACUGCAGAAUAUGUGUCAGAUCGGCUCAAGCAACAGGAACCCUGUCACCAAGUCCGAAUGCUGCUGUGAUGGAGGGAGAGGCUGGGGUCCCCACUGUGAGAUCUGCCCCUUCCAGGGCACUGUGGCUUUCAAAAAACUCUGCCCCCAUGGCCGAGGAUUCAUGACCAAUGGAGCAGAUAUUGAUGAAUGCAAGGUCAUUCAUGAUGUUUGCCGAAAUGGGGAAUGUGUCAAUGACAAAGGAUCUUACCACUGCAUAUGUAAAUCUGGCUACACUCCAGACAUAACUGGAACAGCCUGUGUGGAUCUGAACGAGUGCAACCAGUCACCCAAACCCUGCAAUUUUAUCUGCAAAAACACAGAAGGGAGUUACCAGUGUUCAUGCCCAAAAGGUUACAUUCUACAGGAGGAUGGAAGGAGCUGCAAAGAGAGCAGCAUCAUAGAGUGGGGGAAGCCAGUUCUAGGCCCUGAGAAAGCUGAACGGAGUUCACGUCUGUCGGUCCUCCCGCUGUGGAGCGAGCACAGGAUGGGCUCCACAUUAAGGGAAGUCAGUGCUGGGACAAGUGCAGGGAGGUUCUCUUCAGAUCCACUCCAGAUGUCACUGUGCCAGAAGCAGAAGCAGGUGUUAGCAAAGCCAGCACUGACCAGUGGCCCCAGCACAGCUCUGCCUAACUCUGCCUGGUGGCUGCCAGGG